AUGUCUCAACCACACCCUACCUGUUCCUGCCCUGCUCGUUGUCGGGACAAUGGCGUUGAUGGUCGAGUGCCGGCUCUUCUCAGCGUAUCUGAGGAUCCACUUCCUAUACCGCACCAGUUUUCUCAGCCAGGAAAUACUAUCGUUGGUGCAAUAGUCACUCAAGCCUUUAUGUUCCAGAAUGAACUUUCUUUCACGGAACAACCUGCUCGGAUGCUGGUUGAUGAAGUUGUUUCUGUGCCAAAGGUAUAUCAGCAAAUCCUUGCCUUGGUGUUUGCUGCGAAAGAAAUCAACAAGAGCACCACACUCUUACCAAACAUCACACUGGGUUUCCAGAUUCUCAACAAUUACUUCACUGCAAGGAUAACCUAUAAGGCAACCAUGAGCCUGAUUUGUACAUGCCACAGUUUUGUCCCCAACUUCACCUGUGAUCCAAAGAAAAAGCUAAUUGCUGCCAUUGGAGGGCGUUUGACAGAAGCCUCAUUCAUCAUGGCCACCAUUCUUGCCAACUACAAGAUUCCACAGCUUGCUUAUGGAUCAUUUUCCCCAAUCCAUGGUGAGACAAAUAACUUUCCAUUCUUGUACCAAAUGGUCCCAAAUGAAGUACAUCAGUACACUGGGGUUAUCCGAUUACUUCAGUAUUUUGAAUGGACAUGGAUUGGGCUCCUGGUUGUGGAUGAUGACUAUGGGGACAUGUUUUUGCAGAGAAUGGUGCCAUUGUUUUCCCAAAAUAAUAUUUGUUAUGCAUUCAUACUUAGGACACCAAAGCGGAGUUAUGUGGAUCAAUACACACCACUGUUUUUAGCAACGUUAAGGCACUAUCUGCUUUUCAUAGAAGAAAACAUCCGUGUAUGCUUUGUAUAUGGAGCACCUCCAUCCCUGGAAAAUUUGACAGUAAUAAUUCUCCUAGCGUCUUUGCAUUCAUUAUCACCUCUGGGUAAAGUGUGGAUUGUUACAUCCCAUUGGAAUUUUGAAUCACUGUCCAUUCAGAGAGAUUGGGACAUACAGAGUUUCCAUGGUGCCCUUUCAUUCACAGUUCACUCAAAAGAACCACCCGGAUUCCAAGAAUUUGUUCACACCGUAAGGCCAUCCUGGGCAAAAGAAGACAAUUUCAUUCAGAAUUUUUGGGAGCAGGCAUUUGACUGCCCAUUACACAUUUCCAGUGUAAAUGAAGAUAACAAAUUAUUGUGCAGUGGGGAUGAGAAGUUAGAGAGUCUGCCGAGUACAUUUUUUGAAAUGAAGAUGUAUGGUCACAGUUACAAUAUCUAUAAUGCUGUCUAUAUUGUGGCACAUUCCUUGCAUUUCUUACUCAAGGCCAGAUCCAGAGGUAAAAGAUUAAUGGAAGCAGAAGGAUUAUUAUUUCAUAAUGUAAAACCAUGGCAGUUUCAUCAUUUCUUGAAGAGCAUCGUAUUCAACAACAGUAUGGGAGACACUAUUCGUUUUGAUGAAAAUGGAGAAUUGAUUACUGGUUUUGAUGUUAUAAAUUGGGUCACUUUCCCCAAUAAUUCCUUUGCUCGAGUCAAAGUUGGAAGAUUGGAACCUCAGACUCCACCAGGCAGAGAAUUAACCCUUAAUGACAAUCAAAUUGUAUGGCAUAGAAGCUUUAACCAGGUGCUGCCUCUCUCUGUGUGCAAUGACCACUGCUCUCCAGGCUACAGCAGAAAGAAGAAGGAGGGAGAGAAAUUUUGCUGCUAUGAUUGUGUGCCGUGUCCAGAAGGGCAGAUUGCUGACAAAAUAGAUAUGGAUGCCUGCAUGAAAUGUCCAGAAAAUCAGUAUCCCAACCAGAUGCACAAUCACUGUAUUCCCAAACAAUUGACCUAUCUCUCCUAUGAAGAACCUUUGGGAAUCCUCUUCAUGAUAUUGGCUAUUGUUUUCUCUUUGAUUACAACCUUUGUGCUUGGAAUCUUUUGGAUGCAUCGAGAGACUCCUAUAGUCCGAGCCAAUAACUGGAGCCUCACUUGUAUCCUCCUCCUCUCCCUUCUUCUCUGCUUCCUCUGCUCCUUCCUCUUUAUCGGAAGACCUGAGAAGAUGACCUGCCUUCUCCGGCAAACGACUUUUGGCAUCAUCUUCUCAGUGGCCCUUUCGUCUGUAUUGGCCAAAACCAUGACUGUGAUUCUGGCAUUCCUGGCAACCAAGCCAGGCUCUGGAAUGAGGAAAUGGGUGGGGAAGGGACUGGCCAAUUCUAUUGUCCUUUUGGGUUCCUUCAUGCAGGUGGGAAUUUGCAUCGUGUGGCUGAGUACCUCUCCUCCUUUCCCAGAUACAGACCUGCACUCACGGAAGGGGGAAAUCAUACUGGAAUGCAACAAGGGCUCAGUGAUCAUGUUUUACUGUGUCCUGGGUUAUAUGGGUUUCCUGGCUAGUGUCAGCUUUCAUAUGGCUUUCCAAGCCAGGAAGUUGCCCAACAGUUUCAAUGAGGCCAAGUUUAUCACUUUCAGCAUGUUGGUCUUUUGCAGCGUUUGGCUGUCAUUUGUUCCAACCUACCUGAGUACCAAAGGAAAGUACAUGGUAGCUGUGGAGAUCUUCUCUAUCUUAUCUUCCAGUGCUGGCUUACUGGGAUGUAUAUUUUCCCCCAAAUGCUAUAUCAUUUUAUUGAGUCCAGAGAUGAACAGGAAGGAACAUUUGAUAAGGAGAGAAAAGUAA